CCCUUUCUUUACCUCUCGAUCAUGACAUUUCUUCACAUAACACACAUCUUUCCUUGAUCACAUGCAUCUUCUGUUAAUUAGAGAUUUACUUCUUGCCUUCCUGCAUAUUUUACAGCAUUCAUCAUUUUACUUCUCAACUUGAGGGACAAAGUUUUUUCUGUCAAAAACAUGGAAGGAGUGCAAGAAAGAAACACAGAGGUUGAACUCCAUGAUGGUGUUAACAUUGGAUCAUGUUUAUCAAAUCUCAUACUAUCAAGCGGAACAAACACCCUCGACUCGAUUUUCUCUCAUUGCGAGCCACGGCCACCAAACGCAACUACCAUCACUAAGUUGGGACCUAUAACCUCUUUGGGAUCCUCAGUGUACCAUCGCCAAAGAGAUAUUCUGCAAAAAUUCUACGAAGAAACUCGGUUGAACCGGUCCUCUGUUUCCUCUGCUUCCCCUGUUUUCUCUGUUUUCAGUUCCUGGAAGAAAACAUACCGGGGAGUGAGACAGAGGCACUGGGGAAAAUGGGUCGCUGAGAUUAGACUCCCUCAGAAUAGGAUGAGGGUGUGGUUGGGAACCUAUGAUACUCCUGAAGCUGCUGCUUAUGCUUAUGAUUGUGCUGCUUACAAGCUCCGAGGCGAAUACGCGCGUUUGAAUUUCCAAGACAUGAUGAUGAACCCAACAAACUUAGAUUCUGAGAGAUUGAAUGCUUUGAAAGUUUCCGUGGAUGCUAAAAUUCAAGCCAUAUGUGAAAAGAUGAAGAAGAGGGACAAGCCCAAGAACAAGAAGCGUGCUUCCAAGAAAGUGAACAGUGAGAAUCAGAAGAAGAUAAAGUCAUUGCCUUGUUGUUCUCCAUCUUCGUUGCUCUGUUCUGGUGUUUCAGGGGAUGGAAUUUGCAAUGCUACAUGCUCUGUUUCAGAGGAGUGUCCAAUAAUGGUAAUAGAGGAUCACUCGGAUUUUCAGGAUUGUUCAUUGGAAAGGGUACCGUCUUUUGAUCCUGAGUUGAUUUGGGAGGUUUUGACUAAUUAAUUUGGAAGAAUGGUCCCGAUAUUUGAACUCUGACGAGAUUGAUUCAAUCAACAUGCGUGUUUUGACGGUUUUUUACCGCUAGAACAUGCAUGUGUAGAUUGAAUGUCACGGGUUCAAAAAUCACUCAUGUUAGGAGGAAACAUGUUGCAUGUUACUUCUGACUGAAUGUAGCAGAAGUUAGAAAUAGAAUCUGAGUUAUAUUUAUUUAAGGUUACCCCAACGAACAUAUAAUAAUAGAGAUGGUGAAGACGCCAAUGUAAAUGGAAAUUUAAUGUUGUACUAUUGUGCUUAGCUGGGGCUUGUUCACGGUGUUUCAGAUUGGGUGAACCAGAACAGUGUAAGCCUGCAGAUGCAGCCCCAUUACAGUUACUCCUUCAAAUGAGUGCAAUAAAUUGAAAGUUGUAAGUAGUCAAUAAUGCAUUGAACGACUAGAAAUUUUAAUACA